AGCGGUGAUUGACAGGAGGCGGACGCAAUGAACGCUAACUGUACGUCUUGCGCCUCCAAUCCGUGCGUCGUAGGCGGGCUCCUGAGUUAACACCGGCUUAGGGUUUCGUUUUCGUAUACAACGGAGGGAAAGGACCGGCGGCAUCAUGUCUAUUAUGUCAUAUAACGGAGGGGCCGUCAUGGCCAUGAAAGGGAAAGACUGUGUGGCCAUUGCUGCGGACCGUCGCUUCGGAGUCCAGGCUCAGAUGGUGACUACGGAUUUCCAGAAGAUCUUCCCGAUGGGAGAUCGCUUGUACAUCGGCUUGGCUGGCCUUGCAACGGAUGUACAGACUGUGGCUCAGCGACUGAAGUUCAGACUGAAUCUGUAUGAACUCAAGGAAGGACGUCAAAUUAAGCCUGAAACAUUUAUGAGCAUGGUGUCGAAUUUACUGUAUGAGAGAAGGUUUGGCCCAUACUAUAUUGAACCUGUUAUCGCUGGUCUGGAUCCCAAGACGUUCAAGCCCUUUAUUUGCUCCUUGGACCUGAUCGGCUGUCCUAUGACAACGGAAGAUUUUGUGGUGAGCGGAACGUGCUCGGAGCAGAUGUACGGAAUGUGCGAAUCUCUGUGGGAGCCAGACAUGGAACCCGAUGACUUGUUUGAAACCAUCUCUCAGGCCAUGCUGAACGCCGUGGACAGGGAUGCUGUGUCUGGAAUGGGAGUGGUUGUACACGUGAUAGAGAAAGACAAAGUUACCACAAGGACACUGAAGGCACGAAUGGAUUAAAUGCUGUACCCACUGGAUUCCCUGCGGUUGAUCAGUUACGUUUUGUUUUUUUUUUAAUUAAAAUAAGUAUUCAAUGAU